AUGUCGACGGGCGGGUGUGAACCUUAUGAUACGUUUGACCCAUCCUGGGCUGACGUGGUCCGGGAUGCUGCUCCGACAUGGAGACAUGGCGUGGACGGGACAGACGUUUCCCUCACAUAUGAAGACUGGGACGCAGGCGGUGAACCAGUAGAUGACCCUACUAAGACGUGUGUUCACAAUCGAUAUGGCGAUUGGGAAGUUGCUUCAUGUGACACUCCGGCCUACUUUGCCUGCGAGUUUGAUAUGGAACCUGAGGACGGCCCGGAUUCUCCAUGUUUCCCCACGGUUGUUCUGGACACCGGGAGUCGGCCUUACGAUAAGCCGUUUCAGCUGUUGCGAGCUGGAGAUUUCUCUACGUUUGGAAGUAUCGUUCACCUGGACUGUCCUGGAGACUACAACAUCACCUACAAAUGGAGGCUUCGCGUGGAAGUAGAGCAUAAUGAUCCUACGGUUCUUAUGGACGAAAGUUAUCAAAGAUUAACAGUCAAUGGUAUUAUUCUGAACGACAGCUCCAUCACCAUCCCUCGCAACACGCUCAAACCUGGGAAGUACCUGUUGGUGCUGUCUGUCUCUGUGACGUAUGGUGAAAACAAUGACGUCACCACGGCAAUUGUAUCUACGUGGAUUGAGAUAGAAGGAUCGACGCGCCGCAUUCUCAUCACUGGCGGAUCCAAGAGGUCCCAAAGCGGAGGUUACCUGAUGGAUGCACGUAUAGACGCAGAGGUGCACGAUGAUGCCGAGUUCCUUGACCUGCACCCGCACCAUUCCGGACAAUGGAUCUGGACAUGUCGGCUUCCUAAUGGAGACGACUGUGGCCUGUGGGUAUCGGUGAAAGAGUAUGCACCUGAUCGUUAUUCACGUGAAAUUGAGUACGAUGGUCACAUGGUUUCCGUUUCUCCUUUCACCACAUCUGGAACAUUCAUCAUGCGAGUUGAAUAUAGAGACUACAUCCCUUAUGAGCAGGAGGUGACCCUUCUUCCCAGAGGACUUCCAACCUGCAUGGUAAGAUGUAGUCCUGGUGACAACUGUAACCACCGGGCCACCAAGUUUGACCAGAGGCUGAGGCUGUGGACAGAGUGCCAGAAAAACAUCCCCAGCAGUUACACAUACGGUAGAUGGGUUACACUAAAUAGGCUGGGACCGGAGCACUCCUUCCACUGGAGCCUGAAGCAGUUCCCGGAUGGGUUCAGCGACGGUGGGCUAGAGAACAACACUCUGACGGGCCUGGAGAAACGAGAACUGAUUGUCAAAAGCGAUGUGUUCACUGUUCCAGGAGAGUACAUCAUACGGCUGGACAUCCUGACAAACGGUGUUCUCUGCACCUCCGGCAACUGCAGCUAUGCAGAGUGGAAGUUCCUCAUCCCGGUUCCGCCUGCCAACGCGCGUCAACCCGUCUGUACUGAAGCUAUACCGGUACCGCUGGCAUCGGUGGAGUGCAACGGAAACCAGUCGUACAGUGCGGUAGACAGGUCAUGGCCGGGAGAGGGCUGUGAAUGCCGGGAAGUCUCCAACCUUUGUACCGCAGGCCCGACGGAGGGAAUCGCCCUGACAACCAGAUUCGACUUGAGCUGCCUCGACUUUGAAGCGCAAGGAGCGAUUCGUUACGAGUUCUACUACAGAACAAGGGCCACAGCUUCGGUCAGCACCCUGACGACUUCCGAGUCUGGACAUAACAACUUAUUCUACUACGGAAUGUCGCCGUCGCCACUUCCGUUCAAGCUACCGUCCGGCCUGGCGUCCGAUGACUACAAGGUCUUCAUUUUCGUGCAGAUGAUCGACCAGGAGGGAACGAGUAAAACAAGUGAACUGGAGCUGACGGUCCGGCUGCCCACCUUUGAGGACCUGCUCACCGCUAUUGACGUCACCAACGCGGAAGUGGAGACCGCCAUCCGCUGGGGAAACAAAAUGGAGGCCGUGCACUUAAGUACCAUCACAGCAGCAACUCUCAACAACAUCCGCGCAGAAGGAGCGUAUGGGGACGGGGACUGGAGAGAGGCCCGACAGGGGAUCAUCUAUAACGUCGGGAGAGUUCCCAUAGAGAGCGUUGAAUCCGUCAUCCAGUCAUCCGAGUCUCUUAUCCAGGCCACUCAUUAUGAUGACCAGGUCACGGCAGACGCACAGGUGUCGACCAGUGCAGCUGCACAGCUGUACAACAUGGCGAAGUUUGUUACCCAGAAGGUUACCGAGGGAAACAUCACACAAGACAUGGUGGAGAGGCUGUCUGGCAUCAUCUUUACCGGUGCUUUUAAUGUCUUCAAAAGUUCUGAAGUUGUUGCAGACUGGAAACACAACGGAAACGGGCCACCUGAAGAUGCCAACACGGCCGAAGUUUUGAGUAAGAACCGAUACGCCACCACCACGGCUUAUCGAUACCGUCAACCACUUACGGACCAGAUUCUGAAGGGAAAACGGCUGACCGAAUUCUUGACAAUGAUAUCAUCACAGGACUUUCAGAAUAUCACCGGUGACAUAGAGGGGGCCCAGCUCAGGGCAAUUAGGAACACAUUCUGCCGAGCCAACAGGCUUGGUACACAGGUUUUCCACAGCCGAUGGAGGAACCCUUUCGAGUACGCCACGAACUUCAGCCACCGAGAUUUAGACAUAGGAAUAGGAGGGCUGCACUUCAGUGACGCCUUGGAAAAGAAGGGGAUUUCUGACCUUGAGGAGCCCAUAGAGUUUUCCAUCCUGAGGCACAACCAGUCCGUGGUAACUACAGGGUUUGACGACGUUGGAGUAGACGGGACAGUUGUGUUCACCGCCUUUACAAACAACGUCUCAAUCAGCACCGCAGACACGUUCAUCUUCCUGACCCCCAAGGACCCUCUGAUGUCCCCAACCUUUACCCUGUACCUGGCUUACGGCAUCAAACCCAACGCGACUCUGAACCUGUUCGACCUGAAUACCACCCUCCCUACCCCUGCUAACAUGAGCUAUUCCCUGUAUCUUUCCAUGGAGGAAAACGCCACACGUACGGUGACGUCAGACCCGUACAGCUGGCGCGUUCGUCUCGGUGACGUGGAGAUUUCGGACAGCAACGACACCAACUGGUACCUCGGAAUCGAGCCUACAAGUGUAGAUGGAAUGGAUGACGAAGGACGCCCAAAGCAGUCCGGAUCGGUGUCAUUUUCUGUCUACAUCGAACCCGUAGAGUGCGUCUUCUUUAACGAGGAGGACCAUUCCUGGGACCGAAGUGGUUGUGAGGUUGGACCUUUAACAACUACAACCCAUCUCCACUGCCGCUGUGACCACCUGACCAAGUUUUCGGGCCUCACGGGUCUGGUUUCUCCACACGAGAUCAACUUUGAGCGCGCUCUGAAAGGUUUCCUGCUGAAGAACCUGAUUCAGAAUCCCAUCGGCAUCAUGACGUGCUGUGUCCUGUUCUCCUUCUACAUCGCCUUGUGUGUGCCCUGGACAAGGAAAAAUGACGCCAAGGACCUGGGAAAGAUCACCACCGCAGCGAUUUUCGAUGACACGAAACAUCCCAAGCCUCGCUACUACCUGAGGGUUUUCACCGGACCCAGAGCAAACGCCGGGACAACAGCAAAGGUGUCCAUCAUGCUGCACGGGUCGACCAGGGAGUGCGGCCCGUUCCUCCUGCACCAGCCCUACUCCGCCAUGUUUGAGAAGGGAAACAUGGCCGGGUUUGUUCUGUGCACCGAGACGGACCCGGGCUGGCUCACCCACGUGCGCGUGUGGCACGACAACUCCGGGAAGGAGCCGUCAUGGUUUCUGGACAGGAUCAUUGUGGACGAUCUACUGCUCGAGGAGCAGCACUAUUUCCUCUGCAACAGGUGGCUGGCCUUUGAUGAGGACGAUGAGCAGAUUGAGCGCGUGCUGCCUGCAGCUAAGGACGAGCAGCUGGUGGCCUUCAGCACUCUGUUCGCCGAUAGAACUACCAAGGACCUGCGAGACGGCCACAUCUGGUACUCUGUGUACGGCCGCCCUGCCAGCAGCCCCUUCACCCGCACCCAGCGGGUCUCCUGCUGCCUGUCCAUCAUCAUGUGCACCAUGCUGGCAAACAUCAUGUUCUUCGGCCGAGGAGACGACUUCGACCCGCCGGAACCCGUCACGGUCUUCGGGUUUGAUGUGGAGAUCCCCAUUUCAUGGCCUCAGGUACACAUUUUGUAA